ACGAAUGUUCCAAGGUUGCACAGGUGUCUACCACUAGCGGUGCAUCCGCCUUAUGGGCGUUGGCGGCGAUGAUGUCUACAGACAUAAAAAUGUCAGUCGUCCCAUGAAACGAAAGGAAGUUCGGACAGAAAUCAAACUGAUCCAGACAGUUCGUCCAUUGGCAUCGCCAAAUAUCGUUCCUUUUUUCCAUCUUUUCCCACGCGUUUUUACCACCACAGGCUCUUCAGCCUUCCUGUCACUCCUUUUUUAUGGUGUCCCAGUAAUCUGGGUAACAGCACUCUUUCACCAGCAUUAUCAACAUGUCUCGCUUCAACAUCCUGGCAUUUUGCAUCUCGCUGGGCGCCGCUGUCGUUCAAGCCCAAGAUGCCUCGCAACCAUGGGCCCUCGGUACCAAAGUUAGCAUCAUGGCAGUCAGCCUGGAUAAACCUGCAGACGCCUCAACUGGAUGCCCCACAAAGCUCGCAGAUGCCCAAGCCACGCCUUGGGACUUCGUACCCAUCCAAGCCAACCUGGACUUGGGCAUCAUUGUCGCCAGUAAUCCCAACCCGGAGCGCAAGCUCGUGGAGUCCUUCUACUUGACCAACGGGGUCGCAUUCGGAACAACGCCCUUGGCAGAAACAACGACGCGCAUAAGGGUCGACGGACAGAAUGUCUGCUGGUUCCGCGACGCGAGCAACGGCAACGUACGGCUUGGUCGCUGUGGCCCCAACUUCCCGGACCAGGCCUUCUCCGUGAUCAUGCCCGCCGAGGGCAAGACGACGACAAGUGGCAUCUCCACGACAGAUGACGGCGGCAACAGCAACGCAGUCCUGGCUGGGCUCCCGGACAAGAACGAGACACCCAUCGUCUUUGGCGGCGGGAGCGAAAUGCGCUUUUGCAUCUACAACACCGACACGGGCGCCCCACUGACCACGCCAGCCACCAAAGAAGCCGCCUACACGGCUCAGGUCACAUACAGCAACCUGACCUCCACCUCGUUCAAGGACGGCGCCCCGAAGUCCGAGAGCGAGGCUCCACAGUGCAACUGGGCAGCCUGGGGCGACGACGGCCCCAACGGUACGGCGGUGAACGUCCAGCAGAGCUCCUCGUCGCCCGACUGCAUCCUGGCGCGCACGGCGGCCACCACGCCCUCUCAGUGCGCCGACGACCCGUCGAACGGUGACUGCAUCCUGCACGUCGCGCUCGCCUUCUGCGCCGACGUGCCUGAGGUGAAGCAGGGCCUUAAGCCCGACGAGACCGAUGCCGCGAUCGAGUCCUGCAUCCGCAAGGCCGCCAUGGGUCCCUGUGUGGCCAACCCAGGUGGUGCUGCGUGCGCGUCCGGCCUGUUCGCCGGCAUUGCCUUUGCAGGCGGCGCACCUGGCGGUGGAAGUUCGUCCGCCCGCAUGAGGCGCCAGGUCGACCUGAAGAAGCUGUUUUUCGGCGACCCGAACAACCCGGACUCGCAGCUCUCCUUCGAGAGCCAGUUCUUCAUGGGCAUCGCCAAGAACCUGAUCAACUCCGCCGCGUCACUUCUCAACAUGAUGGCGACCCCUUUCAUGGAAGAGCUGCGGGCCAAGUGCGAGGAGGCCUCCAUGUGGACGCACCUCUUCAACAACCAGACUGGUGAGAGGGUCCAGGCGGGCUGCGGCAAGAUGUUUGCGACGUGGGACAACUUGACUGUCCCCCAUUUCGACCCGAGCACGCCGGUUGAGCAGGCUGGAAGUAUCUUUGCAGAUGUGGCGAUGCUGCUCUCUGCCGUUGGUGAUAUCGCCGAGGCCGCCAAGGCAACCAGCGCUGUUGACUGGGUCAUGAGCAAGUUCGGACUCAAGGCCGCCCAGCUGGGCAAGGAGGAAGGCCUUGUGCUGGAGGCUGUGCAGGGCGAGAACACGGUACAGAUAUUCCGCGACGCCGGCGACGGCAAAGCCGCGCUGAUCGAGACCGAGGCCGAGGGUGAAGCUCUGGCGAGGGAAGUUGACCAGUCGGCUUUCCGGAGCUGCGUGGAAUGCGUCGAGGCCGGCGGUCUCAAGAAGAGGGACGAGGAGGAGAGUUCCAGCGAGCUCCGCCCACGCGCUCCUCUCAAGAAGAGGUUUUGCUGUGCCCCAGGCCUGACGUUGAAGCUGGAUGUUCCGCCCCCGCCGCGGGGCCCUCGGGCUCUCAACGCGCGAACCCUUGGAGCUGUGACCGGCGAGGAUACCAACACUGUUCUGACCUCGAUGAGCAAGGCAUUCAGCACCUGGUACAAGGACGGCAAGGCUGUUCUCGGUGCCGAUGCCAGCGUGGACGAGGCAAGCAAGGUCCUGCUCAGCACCACCAAGACCAUCACCUCGAAGAACUCGGAGAUGAUCGGGGCCCUCGAGAAGCUGUACGGCAUCGACGCGAAGGAGUCCUACGCGCUGAAGAACUGGUUCGGCGCGAAGCAGGCGUCCCGCAUGCUCCCUGGGCUCGAGGAGUCCAUGGCCAAGAUGCCGUACGCCACCGGCACCGUCAUUCGCUCGACCAACCUGGACGCCGAGACGCUCAAGAUGCUCGACGAGGGCGCGGCGGGCAUCGUCAGCAAGGGCGAGAAGGGCGUCUACGAGGUGCAAGACCUGGUCAUCAACAAGGACCCUCUGAUCCCCGACGCCCCUGCGGAGCGUAAGAUCCUGGCGGCUACUAUGGAGCUGGACGACGCGGCGCUCACGUUUAACGCGCGCUAUUUUUUCGUCAUCAACAGCAAGUCGGGCCGGCUGACGGCGCCCUUCUCGGGCGAGUGGCUGCGCGAGGUGGAUUUCGUGCAGGGCAGCUCGGGCAAGUUCAAGCUGAUCGGGAAGCAGGAGUUGAACGGCGGGGCGAAGGCUGCUGCUGAAGCUGGUUCUCAGGGCCCGUUUGCUGUGUACUACUUUGACGAGGUCGAGGCUCCUACUGCCUCGGCUAGCUUCACUGCUGAUCAGAUCACGCAAGCAUUGAAGGAUGCAAAUGUGAAAUGGGAGGGUAACCCAUAAGGGAUUAGAUAUUAGUUACCACUUGACGCCUGGAAUUUAU